AUGUUCAUCCUCGGAAGCACCUGUUGCAACCUUGUCAACCUGAGUCUGUGGCCCAUGAUCAUUCACUGGAGGCAGCACGGCCGGUGGAUGCUGGGCUCUCACUUGUGUGAAGUCAUGGUGAGCGCCAAACACCUGACGAGCUCUGCAUCCUUUCAUUAUGUGUCCUUCAUUACCUUCUCUAUUUACCUGACAGUGGUAUGUGGCUGCAGGCACCUGGUUGACAGCAGGGUUUUCCUAGCCCUAGAGCUUCUCUUUCCUCUGCUUCCAGUGAGCCUGAAGGAGAUUGCUGUGAAACUCUUAGGUACCAGCGUGGAUCACCUGGAUCCCGUCAACCUCACCUGUUUCUCUUUUAUUAACGAUCAAGUUAUGAGGAUCCUCUUACUGGUGAAGACUGUUGUGUUUUUGCCAUUAAUCCUGUAUUUCUAUGCUCACAUUCUACACACGAUCGUCAAAAGUGCUAAACUGAUGAACAGGAGUCAGACAGUUAACGUUCAGCUUGCAAAGGUGUUCAGCCUCAUAUCUCUCAUUACCUUCACAGCACAUAUACCUGGUGCUGUGUUUGCACUAAUGGAUCACCCCUCUGUGUGUCAUGAGAUGGUUAGAGACUUGUUGCUCGACCUGCCUCUUCUCCUCAGCCCCAUAAUACUGCUCUGCAUGAACAAAGAGCUGAGGAACCAGAGCCUGUCACUGCUGCAGCGCAACCCCACCGACCGCUACAUGAAAGAGAGCUCCAUCAGUAAGACAGAUGAGCAUCACAAGAGCUUUAACACUGACGAAGCAGACACAAUUCAUCUCUAA